ACUCAAUCACCAUUCAGUUGCGGCUCUCGUGCUGGACACGUUGCUGCACCAUCGAUGCACGACCUUGUGAGGCCUGAGCCUUGGUCGCUUCGUCGCCUCGCUGCACUAUUUCCGGCCUCACUGCCCUGUUCCCGGCUUCGGUGCUUCGCUCCCAAGCACUCAAUCGAUCCAUUCAGACCGUCGAUCGAGUUCUCCAGGGGUUACCGCCCCGAUCUGACAUCUCUGACGAUGGUAACCAGCAGCAAUCUUGUUCCCAGUGUCGUAAAACCGGCCAUGUCUGUGCGUGAAUGAGGGUGCCCACGACUGCCUACUGCAGCCCUCGGCGUUAAACUCGCUUGCUCCCUGCCCAUGCGGAUUACACCAGUUGGGUGACUGUCCGAGCGCAGUGGAUGUGCAUGUUAGAGAGACCCUGGACCGAGUGUCCGAGCCCCCGAUCCGCGCGACAUGUGAAUGACAGCGCAAAUAGUGUGGGGUAACCAGUCCGGCGAUUUGAACAUCCGGGGUAGACGGACCUGCAUCAGCGUGUCCUUCACACACCUUGUAGAUCAUCAUGUAUCACCAUAUAUCGCAUCGCCGCCGUCGUAACAUGACGCAUACAACUAUUUCAUCCUGCACCCAAUCCAUAGCUCCUCCCCGGCGCACCAAAGCGAAAGGCGCCCGCACCGCCACACGUCGGCUGCUUGAAGUCACCGACGCGCGUCAAAAGGUUAAUCCCGGCGCCCAUCCCCACACGUCAUGCCAUCACCGCGAGGCCCGACCUCUCAUCUUCUCUGAUGCUUUCACUCGUUCUUUUCCUCGCGUGUCAGGAGACUGCCCCGCAUUUGGGUUUCCGGGUCAGCGACAGCUCCACUCAGCCUCCACCGUGCCAGAGUCGGGUGACGCCCCCCGGGACAGGCGCGCGGUCUUCUUAAAUUUAUAAGAGCGAGACGUGCCGGCAGCCACGGUUCUCCCCCUUCUCGCCCCCCAUUUCCCCCCGAUGGACCACACAGCGCUGCAAGCGACCAACGCGGCCCGUCGCGCCGAGCUCGCCGGCCCAUCGGGCCUCCUUGGACUGUACCACAACCCGCGGCUGCUCCGGCUCGCGAUGACCACCACCCUGGGUGCCUUAUGCUACGGCUACGAGCAGGGCGCGUACUCGCAGGUCCUCGUGAUGGACGCGUUCACCAGCAACCCCAAGUUCGCCCGGAUCGCACACGACUCGUCGUUCAAGGGGUGGAGCGUCUCGUGCCACACUGGGGCUUGGCGGUUGGGCCGGUGCGCUUUCGAAUGGUUAUCUAUGCGACAGACUGUCCCGCCGGUGGACUCUGCUCGUCGGCGCGUUUAUAUGCUUGCUGGGCACCGCAUUGACCACCGGCGCGCAAAAUGUUGCCUGGAUGGCAAGUUGAACACCGCGUUCGUCGGCAGAUUCUUCAUCGGCUGGGCGGUCGGCAGUCUAUCGGCAGUGGUACCCUUGUACAACUCUGAGAUCUCCCCUCCAGAGCUCCGCGGCACGCUCGUCUCAAUCCAACAGCUGGCCAUCGUUUCCGGUAUUUGCAUCUCAUUCUGGGUCGGCUACGGGACCAACUUCAUCUCAGCCUCCAAUUCCGUCUCAUGGCGGCUCUGCCUCGCCGGCCAAGGCAUCCCCGCCCUCCUCCUCGCCGGUCUGACGCUCACAUUGCCGUACACGCCGCGGUGGCUAGUCCGCAAGGGGCGCCACGCCCAAGCGCUCGAGACUCUCGCGUGGCUGCGCAACAUGCCGCCGGACUCGGAGAUCGUGCAGCUCGAAUUCGUCGAGAUCCAGGCCGAGGCGAUGUUUGAGGCCGAGGUUACCGCGGAGCGAUUCCCUCACCUGUUGGGCAAAGGUGCAGGAAAGGAACUGAAAUUGCAGAUCGCUCAGUUCGGCGAGCUGUUCGCAACUAAGCACAUGUUCAAACGAACCGCCGUGGCGUGUCUCACCCAAUUCUUCCAACAAAUGACCGGGAUCGAUGCAAUCGUAUACUACGCCCCGACGAUAUUCCAGUCCCUCGGCCUCCCAGGACACACCGUGUCGCUCCUCGCAGCAGGCGUCAUCGGAGUGGUGUUCGUGAUAUCCACCCUCCCGGCGAUUGCGACGAUCGACCGGAUCGGCCGCCGGCCCCUGCUGAUUGUGGGCGGCGCGGGCAUGGCAGCGAUGCUCAUCCUCGUCGCAGCGCUAUCCGCGACGUACCAGCCGCGCUGGGAAAAUACGGCCGCGGCCUGGUCGACGGCUGUAUUUCUGUGGUUGUAUGUAGCGUUUUUCGGCAUGUCGUGGGGGCCGGUGUCGUGGACUGUUAUAUCUGAAGUGUUUCCACUGUCCACCCGCGCGCACGGCGUCGCUCUAGGCGCAUCGACGAACUGGAUGACCAAUUUCGUCGUGUCGGUCGUCGUCCCCGACAUGCUCUCCGCCAUAACCUACGGAACAUACCUAUUCUUCCUCAUGUUCCUGCUGAUGGGUAUCGCCUUUGCGAUCUGGGUGCUGCCCGAGACGUACGGCAAGUCGCUCGAGGAGAUGGACAGCGCGUUCGGGAGCGCGGGGCACGGCGGCGCGGAAAACGCCCGGAUGGAGCGCAUCCUCUGGAGUCUGCAGGGCGACCUCCGCGCGCUGUCGGCGGACAACGUAAACAAAUCUGAAUGAACGAGACGAAACGAAACGAAACGAAAUCAAUGUACUUUUCCUUUCGCUUCCGAGGCCCUUUGUGUUGCGUGUGGUUAGACCGGUCCGGGAGUGUUUGAUAAAGGUCGUGACGGAUCUACGCGCGAGUGCUAAACAAGUCAGGGCAGUGUCCGUCAGACUGAGCGUUCGAGCGGUAGCUUGGCAUCUCGUCACGCGCCAUCGUGUUUACGUCCGCGUAUAAAGCGUCUGUGUGAGAAAGCAUCAUCCAAGUCGGUCAGCAGCAGCAGCAGCGUUGCGACUCAAAAAUUGAAACCCAGCCCUGAUCAUGCGAUUGACCUGCCUCUUCCUCUCGACCUUCCUGGUCGUGAUCUGCAUCUCGACACCGCGCACUCUCGGCCAAAGCGUAUGCGCAUUCAAAUCAUCGCCGUCGGAAUGCCGCACGCUCUGCGCGCACUGCUGCGCUGCGAAUCCGCAGGACGAGGAGUGUAUGCACAAUCCGGGCACGUCCACGCCCUGCUUCAAUGAUUGCCUCAGCAUAUGAGGAUCGUUACGUAUGUAGUAUGAGGCUCGGUAUCGUUCAUUGCACAUGUCGAGCGAAAUUCCAGACGUCAGAGACAGACUAUCCGACACCAGCUCAAGUGCGCUUGAUAAAGGUCGUGACGGGCCAUCCAGGGCCUGACCGUCAAAACGCGCGCACUCAGCCAUGUUCUGAUCGAUGACAUCCCAGUCCGGGCAGUCAGUCAGUAUAAGAAGCCGCUGGCGAGAACGGCAAAACCGCUGCAGCCGCAGAUCGAACCAUGCGCUUCCACCUGCUCCUGUCCACCCUGGUCGUGCUGACCGCGUCGACGCGCAUCCUCGGGCAAUCAGUCUGCAUCGGGCACGGGACCGCCGCGCAAUGCCACAACUUCUGCGCCGAGUGCUGCGCUGCUAAUCCGACCGACGAGGAGUGCGUCGGCCCCACGCACCCGAGUCCGAUCCUCUGUAUCAACGAUUGCCUGGGGCGCUGAGGGUUCUAGGACCCGUCAAAAUCGACGAUAUGGGCGGGAUUCACUCGUGUAGAUUGGGCCUGAGUCGGGCUAGCCAUGGAUUGAUUGCCAUCUAAUCAAAGACUGCGAGAGUCGGAUAGAGUCGUCCAACAAGCCAUCUUGUCACUGGUUGUCAGUCCGUAAUGCCAAAUCUAAGCCUGAGAAUCCA